AUGAUGCAAUUCGAUGAAGCGGAGUUGGAAAAAGCGAUGAAAUCUGCCGCCGUACAAGGUAGCAGUCUCCUUCAUGCGGCUGAUGCAGUCCAAAAGAAUGCCGAAAAAGCGCUGGGUGGCAAAUUCGAAACUGUCGUAUCGCUGGAUGAUUUCGCCUAUAAAAGUCAUUUUAAGGAAGGCAAAACGUGUAAAAUUGAAAAAAAUGGUAAAUAUGCUCUCGCCUGGCAGCCGUGA